UUAGGUGAGGAUAAGCUUAAUUGACAAUACCCUCUUUCUCAAAAUGCUUGAAAGCUCAAAUAUAUCUGGACAUUAAUCCUCCCUCCGAUCAGUUUUGACCCAAAAAAAAAAACCAGUCUUGGAAUAAUUUUCAAUUUCAUUGUGUAUAAAGUUGUAGCCUUUUUCAGUGUGGUGUGGCUGAUAUGCUAUUUAUUUGGAAUGAAAACAUGAGGAUUUUGUGAUUUAGCUGAGAGUUGUGCAAGGAGCUCUGAAUUGUGGGGGUUUGCUGGAGUUUUCUAGAGAAUGGCGUGUAAAGGGUGUUUGGAGUGCUUGCUGAAGCUCUUGAACUUCUUAUUGACCCUUGUUGGACUGGGAAUGAUUGGAUAUGGCGUAUAUCUCUUUGUGGAAUACAAAAACCACUCUUCAUCUGGGAAUAUUGAGCCGCCGGGUUUUGAAGUGAUACAGCUAGGUCGCCCUAUGCUUAUGGCUGUAUCUUUUGCAAAUAACAUAUUCGAUAACCUCCCAAAUGCUUGGUUCAUAUAUUUGUUUAUUGGUAUCGGCGUAGUUCUUUUUGUAAUAUCUUGCUUUGGCUGCAUUGGAGGUGCAACAAGGAAUGGGUGUUGCCUGUCUUGUUAUUCUGUGUUAGUAAUGUUGUUGAUCUUGGUAGAAAUUGGAGUUGCUGCAUUUAUAUUCUUUGACAAAAGUUGGAAGAAGGAAAUUCCAACAGACGAAACGGGUAACUUUGACACGAUAUAUGAAUUUUUGGAAGAUCACUGGGACAUUGCUAGAUGGGUGGCCCUUGGGGCAGUAGUGUUGGAGGCCCUUGUAUUCUUGUUGGCACUUGUAGUAAGGGCAGCUAACAGACCGGAAGACUAUGAUAGCGAUGAUGAGUAUAUAGGCGGUCCUAGACAACAGAUCCGCCAGCCAUUGGUUAACAACUGGCAAACCUCUAGCGCUCAAAGCGCACCUGUUGCAGCUACUGUUGACUCUCGGGCGCCUAGUCGGACUGAUGCAUGGAGUGCUCGUAUGAGGGAAAAGUACGGGCUUGACACUUCGGAGUUCACGUACAACCCAUCGGAGCCAAACCGGCACCAACAAACAGCUGCACAACCUCAAGAGGAGAGUAGUCGAUGUACUAUAAUGUGACAAUAUUAAAUGGUUUGCGUCGUGCAGCAACCGUUGUUAUGCAUGUUUGCUUUUGAGCUGAUUUCUUUUAGUUGGUAUGGUUGUUUGUAUCUCUCUGUUAUGAAGUUAGUGUAAAAAUCGAGCCUUUUGCGGGUUUAUUUGAUCUUCUUUUGUUUGGUCGUUGUGUACGAUGUACAAAUUGAAUCUUUUGUGAAUUUAUGUUAUCUUGUGUUCUCUCUAAUUUUCGAGAGACGUUUCUUUUUCAAA